ACUACCAGCAGCACUACCAGCAGCCCUACCAGCAGUACUACCAUCAGUACUACCAGCAGCACUACCAGCAGCUCUACCAGCAGUACUACCAGCAGUACUACCAGCAGCACUACCAGCAGCUCUACCAGCAGCUCUACCAGCAGUACUACCAGCAGCACUACCAGCAGCUCUACCAGCAGCUCUACCAGCAGCUCUACCAGCAGCUCUACCAGCAGCUCUACCAGCAGCACUACCAGCAGCUCUACCAGCAGUACUACCAGCAGUACUACCAGCAGUACUACCAGCAGCUCUACCAGCAGCACUACCAGCAGCUCUACCAGCAGUACUACCAGCAGCUCUACCAGCAGCUCUACCAGCAGUACUACCAGCAGUACUACCAGCAGUACUACCUGCAGUACUACCAGCAGCUCUACCAGCAGUACUACCAGCAGCACUACCAGCAGCUCUACCAGCAGUACUACCAGCAGUACUACCAGCAGCUCUACCAGCAGUACUACCAGCAGUACUACCAGCAGUACUACCUGCAGUACUACCAGCAGUACUACCAGCAGCUCUACCAGCAGUACUACCAGCAGCUCUACCAGCAGUACUACCAGCAGUACUACCAGCAGCUCUACCAGCAGCUCUACCAGCAGUACUACCAGCAGUACUACCAGCAGCACUACCAGCAGCUCUACCAGCAGUACUACCAGCAGUACUACCAGCAGUACUACCAGCAGUACUACCAGCAGUACUACCAGCAGCUCUACCAGCAGCUCUACCAGCAGCUCUACCAGCAGUACUACCAGCAGUACUACCAGCAGUACUACCAGCAGUACUACCAGCAGCUCUACCAGCAGUACUACCAGCAGUACUACCAGCAGCACUACCAGCAGUACUACCAGCAGCUCUACCAGCAGCACUACCAGCAGUACUACCAGCAGUACUACCAGCAGCUCUACCAGCAGUACUACCAGCAGUACUACCAGCAGUACUACCAGCAGUACUACCAGCAGUACUACCAGCAGCUCUACCAGCAGUACUACCAGCAGUACUACCAGCAGUACUACCAGCAGCUCUACCAGCAGUACUACCAGCAGCUCUACCAGCAGUACUACCAGCAGUACUACCAGCAGUACUACCAGCAGCACUACCAGCAGUACUACCAGCAGUACUACCAGCAGUACUACCAGCAGCUCUACCAGCAGCUCUACCAGCAGCUCUACCAGCAGUACUACCAGCAGUACUACCAUCAGUACU